GCAGAAGGGAAUGGAUGAAUUGGGCGGCGAGGAAAGUGGCAAGAGAUGCCAAUGGUUCAGACAACACUCUGGUGAGCCAAAACCAUCAGGCAGCGACUGGCCUGAUUGAUAUGACUGACUGACUGAAGAUGACUCACUAUGACUCACCGCUGUUUGCUUGUGUUGGUUUGCAGCCAAAUGGGCAGCGAUCGAGUGCACGAGGUGACUGGCAUCAAGAGCAGACAGGCAAAGAUCUCGUCAUCUCUGCAUUGAUUGUGCACUUGCUUCUCUCGCCCUGCCCUGUGGUUCUCAGCUACUGGAAGGCCCUUCCGCACUUUCGCAUGAAAUACACCAACGAUGCACUUGAACAAGACUACCACGUGUUCCUCUACAAGGUGAGUCAGUGAGUGAGAGCACGAGCGCAUCUGUUGCAUCGUGAGUGAAUGAGAAGCUGUCCUGGUGAAUCGCGUGCAGGAUUCUCGCGAGGUCGUCCAAAGCUUGGCGCUGGCGGGGUCUCUGUGCAUGUUUAUAAGUCUGAUCAUCCGCACGCCCACUCGCGACGCAGCCGUCCACUCGAGCUUCGCCCGCGUGCUGAUCCCGCUGCCUUUCGCGGUCGUCAUCUUCAUGUAUGUGGCCUUCAACAGGCGGCUGAUUGAUGGCUAUGUCUGGUGGCGGCUGCGAACGUUCAGGGACAGCAGCAGCAGCAGUGGUGGCGACGUCGGUGCGGCGCGGCGUCGGUAUGUGCUGCAGUAUUUGGAGUGGGAGUGGGCUGUGUCCUUCGUUGUGUUCUUCCUGGCGGCCUGCCUGAUGCCCCUCCACGGCAGAUACACAUACACUGCUGAGUAGGCACACACACACACAACGCGGAAGGAAGGGAGGGAGAGCGUGCACUGUGUUGUCAAUGUCCCGUGUGGUUCAGUGACGGGUUCACUUGGAGCACCCCGCGGAUACGGUGCUUCCGAUACUAUGGUCGGUGUGCCACAGUCAGAUCUUCUCUUCACACGGGUGUGGUGUCUGUGGAUUUGCUGAUAACUUUCAAUCAGGUGUGGGCAUAGUGGAGGUGCUGGUGCUGUGUCUGGGGUGGCUCAUCUUCAAGUGCAGCAGCUUUCCCUCGUUCUUCCUGGUCCUGGGCAAUCUCAUUAUGCAUUUUGUGCUUGAGUUCGGCUCGGGCGUGCCGAACGAGCCAAACAUGGAGGGGCGCAGCUUCAUAUCUUACACCCUCCUCGCCAUCCUACUCAUCUGCGGAUCACGGCAAAUGGAACUGGUCAGUCAGUCAGUCUUGGAGGGAGUGCUCAAAGAGACGGGAGAGGGAGGGAUAUUGGCUGCCGUGUGUGCAAUGCGGCCUUGUUCUCGCUGCUUGUGUGUGCAGGUGUGCCGGACGAUGUUGUACCAGAAACACAAGGUGGGGCCGGCGGCUGGUUGGCCACCGCUCUUCUCUUAACGCCGUAGUCCACUUGUGUUGUGGGUGUCAUCAGGUGGCUUGUGAGAAAGAGGCCAAGCGACAACUGCUGGAAUCCUUCGCUCAGAUGGUCGGCAUAGCAGCGUGGGAAUGGGAUACAAGGCUUCCGGUCCGCAAAGGUGAGAUGAGACAGAAGCACAUCACCCCGCCCAAAAAAAAGCACACACACACAUCCUCACUGUUCCUGCCUGUGUUCGUUCAUGUGUGUGACACAUGCAGCCUGCUACCAGACAAGGGUGAUCGCGGCGUUGACUGGCCGUCCCCCGACAAGUGACGAUAACCCCGCCGAGUCCGUCAACCAACCGCGGUCCUCUCCCUCCGGCACACCGGAGUCUCUCCCCUCGUUCGCGUCUGCGCACGAACGGCGCGCCGCGUGCUGGUCCCGCAUCUUGUCGCUCUUCAAGUGGACGUGUUGCUGCAAGAAGAAAAGAGGGAGGGCGGUGGCAAGCCGUGAUGACGGGAGGGCAAGCAAGGGGCGAGAGGAGAGCAGCGGCGUGUGUGUGGAACAGUGCGUGCAGCCAGAGAGGAAGGGCGAGAUGGUUGAGGUGGUUGCGGUGCGGGACGAGGCGUCGACUGCACCGUCGGCCAAUCUCCCAAGGCCAGAGAGGGAUGCUGGGGCUGGCGUGACGGCAGCCGUGGGUGAAGAGGCGCCGGCAACGACGAGUGAGUGAAGGGUCAUCACACAUAAUCCGGGCUGUAUGUGACCGACAUCCUUACCUUGCGUCAGGCUUUCCUUGUUUCGCUGGAUUCUGGACAUCGCAUGUGGUGCCGUCUGACCGAGACAAGAUCGAGCAGGCCAUCGUCAAGUGUGCCGAAGACGGACAGCCCUUCGAGAUUGAGGUAUGUAUAUGUACGGGAACGAACUGACAGACACAGAGUGGAUGCAGGCAUGGUUCUCUAUCCUCUCUCAGAUCAUGUAUGAGAGGGCUGAUGGCCAGGUUCGGUGGUUCCGGUGCGGGGGCAGGAAGGAGCAGCCGCAAGGGGCGUUGCUGUACGGUUUCAUAAAGGUGCAGUCAGUGCAAGGAUGAGGCAAUCAAUGAAAUGCAGGGGUUGCCAGGCCAACAGACUGGCCAUUCCGUCUGUGUGUGUGUAUAUAUGCCCAGGACGUGACAGAGGUGCGUCGGGCAUCUAAGGCGCAGGAGAAGCAGCUGCACCUGCUGCAGAGGGUUGCAGAUGCCACCCUUGAUGCAACUGCCGUCGUGGACCUACAGGCAAGUAGGGGGGAUGCACACAGUCAGCCAGCGAGCCAGCAAUGUGGUGGUGUGUCGUGUGUGAGUGCAGGAGGAAAUGAUUGUCGAGAGCUCCCCGCUUUUGAACCUGUGGCAGCGGAGGCCUAUGGAAGGUAGGUACCCACGCCAGUUCGAUGGAUGGAUGGAUUGAGGGUGCUUCUUUUUCUUGUGUUGUGCCUGUCAGGAGCGAGUCUCUGUGAGCUGCUGGAUGCCUCGACCAUCAAGAGCGUCAAGAUCGACGUGUCCAUCUGUGAACACCCCCCUGCACUAAGGGCCCGCAUACAUCGCAGAUUCGACAACACACAGGCAGAGGUACACACACAACAGCCAGCACACAUGGGGGACUAGACAGCUAGGCAGCUGCUGUGGCGUUGCAGUGUCAGCUGUUGGCUUUUGUCGACGAGAAUGACCCGGCAAUGGUGUUCCUGGGGUUCCAGAACCUGCGUUCUUCCUCUCCGCCGUUCCUGCCCCUCAAGCUGCUGCUGGUGCAGCCGCCGUCUCGGCGGCAGCCCCCACCAUCGACGUCGACGCAGCAGGCCUCAACACCCUCACUCAGCAGAAGUGUGGAGAGCCACAGGCUUGACGAGGCCCCCCCUCCACCCCCACCCUCCUACCCCCCACCCCGCUUAUCUCAGCCGCAGCCGACGUCGUCGUCCCAUUCGCAUCACUAUCAUUCGCGGCAGGGUAAUGUGAUUGUUCAGAGGGAGAGGGAAGAGCCGCCGGCGUACACGCCUGAUGACGAGACGCAUACCUAUGGGACCGAUGAGGGCGACCCCUUCGAGAUCGAGAUGCCCCCGCAUCAGCACCAUAUGCUUUACGGGCGGGGGCAUCCCAUUCCAUCAAGGAAAGCCAUGGGUGACUGACACAUGACAUGAAUGGGCCGGGCCCUUGUGUGGAUGUGUGUUUUGAUUGUAUUGUAUGUGUAUUUUGGGUGUGCACAUCACAUUCGUUCGUAUGGGUGGCGGGGAUUGUGCAUGCCUUUCCAUGCAUCAUGUGUUCCACUUAGUGCGGGUGCCUGCAUGCCUUCAUUCAUCGGGAUUGAUUCAUCAAUCAACUGGCAGCCCUAGUCUGCCUGCCUACCGUGUGAGCCGAUCGAUGUAGGCAGUGAGUGCCAUUGGUGCUAGCUAGGUCAGUCGGCUGUCUGUGUCGGUCGAUUUGACGUGACCGACAUUCAUUUUUGUCGCCUUGCCGGCCGGCCAUGUUGAUGGGCCAGACAUGUGGUGGGUGCACUGCAUGGACGGUGCACUGCCAGGGCGCUGCUCCCUCUUUCUCUUCCUCUCUCUCCCUCUCCCUCUCCCUCUCCCUCUGUGUGUGUGUGUGUGCGCGCGUACGUGUGUGUGUCAAUGUGACUGAAUACGUAUGAGUAUGGAUGUGGUGAUCUAGAUCUAUGGAUUGUUUGCCGGUCUGUCUGUGUCUGUCUGAGGGGAGUAGACAUUCAGACUCUCUUCUCCGUGCUCGCGGUGCUCUUC